AUGGGCAGUGGGAUUGUGGUUCAAUUGGCUCGAAAGUACGGCGCAGUGAUAUUCUUUCCCACUGUUGCAGUCGGAUCGAUUUACGCAGAUUGGUCGCACACCCGCCAGUGGAAACGCCAGCAGCUCCAGUUGGCACACCGAGCCCAGCUGAAGGAUCAGCGCUAAGAGGAUACACAAAUAUACACCAUGGUCUUGGGACUGGAUAAGCGAGCUCUGUGGGGCGCGCUGCCCCUGCUGGGAUUUGCCAUUGGACACUUCCUGGACAAGAAGGAGACGGAGCGUAUGACCAUGUUCCGGGACAAGAGUGCCCUAUACGGCCGUCCCGGCGGCAGCGAGGGUAAGGCGCCAUCCUGGUAGGCCUACCCAACUUCGCCAACAUACAUUAUUUUUUUCCCCCAACUCACUGUUAAUCAAUAAACCGGAGAAAUGUGAAA